AUGUCGGACUCGAAAGCACCAGCAGAAACACCAGCGGGCGCUACUCAAGCAACAAGCUCUAGCGCAGCUGCAGGUCCCAGCACAGCGACGACCUCAAAGCCAGCCGAGGCAGCUAAGCAACUCGCAAAGGAAAGCGCCAACGACAAGAAGUCGGCCAAGGAGCUCAAGGCCGCGCGCAGAGCAGCCAAGGUAGCUGAGAGGGGUCCGGAAGCGGCUUCUACGCCUCACAAGGGACCGCCAGCAGCCGGUGCUGCUCAGCGAGGCGGUGCGGCAGACCGCAGCCAGCAGUCGAGUCGCGAUAAUGCUCAAGGAGGAAGGCGACCCGGAUCCUCAUCUGCAAACAACGCCGGAGGCAACGCAAGGAUAGCAGGUGGGAGUAGCGGUGCAAGCGGAGCCGCAAUAGCGUCAGCGAGUGCUGCUGCUGGUGCGACAGGGGCUGCCGUGGCCUCGACCGGCGGAGCAAGGAAAGGCGCACACGAUGCUGAAGUCGCCGCAAAAGCGAUCCCUCAGCAUCCCAGCGUCGCCCUCUUUGGCAAUGUCUCCUCCGGCAAGCCGCACAAUGCGCACAUUGCAGCCCUCGUCUCGGCCUCGUUCCGCUCCAACAUCCACCCUUCCAUCUUGCGGCUCUCGUCCCAGCUGGCACAGUACAAGCUCAUGGGCGCCGACACUCGCGCCAUCGCUCUGCUGCGCGCCAUGGCCGACGUCAUUCGCGACUACACCACUCCCCGAGGCGAGAUGCUCAAUCGUGAUCUCCUCAAGACGGUCUCUGUUCAGGUCGGGCACCUCGUCGAUGCGCGUGCACUUGGCACCUCGCAGGGUGUCGCGGUACGAUACCUCAAGUACGAAAUCUCGGUCGUCAGUGCGGACCUCACAGAAGACGAGGCGAAAGAACACCUGCUCGAACGCAUCGACCACUUUGUACGCGAUCGAAUCGUCUACGCAUCCAAGAUCAUCCGCACCCAGGCGGGUAACAAGAUCAAGGACGGCGAUGUGGUCAUGACCUUUGCGCGCUCGUCGGUUGUUGAAGGCACGCUUCUUGCUGCAUGGCAGCGUGGGGUCCGCUUCGAGGUGAUCGUUGUUGACACUCGACCUCUGCUCGAGGGCAAAGCGUUGUUGUCGGUGCUGCUUGCGGCCGGGAUUCCGUGCACGUAUGGCCUGAUCUCGAGCCUCUCGUCGCUCAUGCCGCGGGCGGACAUUUUGCUUCUAGGCACAUCGGCGCUUCUUGCCAACGGUGCACUCUACUCUCGCGCCGGCACAGCCACCUGUGCAAUGAUGGCAAAGGAAAAGGGCAUCCCCGUCAUCGUCUGCUGCGAGACGUACAAGUUUUCGGAGCGCGUGCAGCUCGAUUCGUUCGUCCAAAACGAGGCGGGCAACCCGAGAGACUUGCUCCUGCCAUCGUCGGAGGAGGCUUUCGAUGCGGAGGAGGACAGUGAAAAGGAGAGGAAGGGAGGGCUGAUCGAUGUCAAGGAGUGGGAGACUUCGCCGAAUCUGGCGGUGGUCAACCUGCUGUACGAUGUGACCCCGCCGAGGUUCAUCUCGGCCGUGGCGAGCGAGGUCGGACUGUCUGGGCCCGAGAGUGUGGGUGUCAUUCUGCGCGAUUACAAGAGCGUGCUGUAUGGUGUUUAG